AUGGAAGGAAGCUGGUUCCACAAAAAGAGAUUCCCCUUCUUCCUUGUUCUCAGUCUUCUACUUCAAGGAAGGAGCAGUACCUUCAUCAACAACUGCUCAGGGUCUGGCCAGCAUGUGGUGUAUCCCACUGUUCUGGAUUCAGUGUUCGACAGGAAGGCCUUCCGUCCGGUCACCAACUUCAGCAUCCCCACCCUAGUCAACAUCUCCUUCACUAUGUCUGCCAUCCUAGAUGUGGAUGAACAACUACAGCUCUUGUCAUCGUUCCUGUGGCUGGAAAUGGUCUGGGAUAACCCAUUUAUCAGAUGGAACCCAGAGGAAUGUGAGGGCAUCAUGAAGAUCAGUAUGGCAACCAAGAACCUAUGGCUCCAACACAUUUUCAUCGUUGAGUUCAUGGAUGUAGAUAAGACCCCAAAAGGCCUCACGGCAUUAAGUAAUGAAGGUCGCAUCAGAUAUAAGAAACCCAUGAAGGUGGCCAGCAUCUGUAGCCUGGAUAUCUUCUACUUCCCUUUUGACCAGCAGAACUGCACACUUACCUUCAGCUCAUUUCUCUACACAGUGGAGAACAUGUUGCUCGGCAUGGAGAAAGAAGUGUGGGAAAUAGCAGACACAUCCCGGGACGUCGUUCAAACCCAUGGAGAGUGGGAGCUCCUGGGCAUCAACAAGGCCACCCCAAAGAUAUCCCUGGGUACCAGCCUAUAUGAUCAGAUCAUGUUCUAUGUGGCCAUCAGGCGCAGGCCCAGACUCUACAUCAUAAACCUCCUGGUGCCCAGUGGCUUUCUGAUUGCCAUCGACGCUGUCAGCUUCUACCUGCCAGCAGAAAGCUGGAAUCGUGCCCCAUUCAAGAUAACCCUUCUGCUGGGCUACAACGUCUUCCUACUCAUGAUGAAUGACUUACUCCCCACCAGUGGAACCCCCCUUAUAGGUGUCUACUUUGCCCUGUGUCUGUUCCUGAUGGUGGUCAGCCUGCUAGAGACCAUCUUCAUCACCUACCUGCUGAACCUGGCCACCACCCAGCCCCCACCCAUGCCUCAGUGGCUUCAUUCUCUUCUCCUUUGCUGCACCAGCCCAAUGAAAUGCUGCCCCACUGCACCCCAGAAGAGAAAUAAAGGCCUGGGCCUCCCCCCGGCCCACCUGCCUGGUGUGAAGGAGCCUGUGGAGUUGGUGGGAAAGGUGUCAGGUCCCAGAGAGGCAGAGUUAAAUGAGUAUCCUGGGUCAACAAGGGCCCAGCAGGAAGAUGAGACUCAGAGGCAGCGCUUGGUCAACCUGUGGGUACAGUUCAGCCACAUGAUGGACACCCUGCUCUUCUGCCUCUACCUGCUCUUCAUGGCCACCUCCGUGGUCACCGUCAUCAUCCUCUGGAACACCUAG